AUGGACUUUCUCCGACCCCUAACCGGAGUCCGGCCAGGCACCUCGGCCGCCGGAAUCUCCAAACUCAAACAAUACCUCAACGCCAUCGGCCACAUGUCCGGAAAAUCUCAGUUUGCAGACAAUGACAAUUUCGACAAAGAGCUCGAACAAGCCGUCAAAUCUUACCAGAAAUUCUUCAGCCUCCCAGUCACCGGAUUUCUCGACCCCAAAACCCUAGCUCAGCUGCAGAAGCCCCGCUGCGGCGUCCCCGACAAUCCCACUGCCGCCGGAAGCCGAAUCCCGGCGGUUUCAUACUUCUCCUUCUUCCCCGGGCAACCCCGGUGGUCGCCCACCAAGAAAAUCCUCUGGUACUCUUUCCCGGCGGGGACCCGACAGGACGCGUACACCGCCAUUAGCGCCGCCACUCAGGAAUGGAGCCACGAGAUCAGCUUCCGGGUCCGAGAGCACGGGGAUGGGGCCUCGUUUGAUGGCCCCGGCGGGAUUGUGGCGCACGCGUUUGCGCCGCCUGACGGGCGGCUGCACUUCGACGGCGACGAGCAGUGGGCGGACGCGGCGCAGGCGGGGAAGAUGGAUUUGGAGACGGUGGGAUUGCAUGAAUUAGGGCAUGUUUUAGGGUUAGGGCAUUCGACUGAUAAGGAUGCCGUUAUGUGGCCGUACAUUGAUGCUGGAGUUAGGAAGCAUUUGAAUAAGGAUGAUAUUGAUGGGAUUAAGCGGUGGACCGUUGAGAGCAACAAAGCAGCAGCAGCUCAUUCUUCUUUUUCUCCGGCGACGGCGGCAGUGGCAGCAGAGUCUCCUCCUUCUCUUUCUUCUUCUUCUUCUACGGCUCCGGCGGCGGGCGGAUCUCCCCCUCUUCCUUCUUCUUAUUCUUCAUUCUCCAGUGGCAGCAACGGUACUGGCGGCAGUUGA